AUGUCAACAUUGGGCAAAAGGAAAGAUCGGGAGCCUCUCGAAGGAGGGGAAGAAAAACCUCACGGGUCGACACUUUUCGUGUCGAAUCUGCCAUACACUGCGACCUCCACCGAUCUCAACACGCUGUUCUCCGAUAUUGCGCCUGUGCGGACAGCGUUCGUGGUCACCGAACAAGGCACCGGCAUCUCGAAAGGUGUAGGUUAUGUCACCUUCGCCAUCCGUGAAGAUGCGACCAUGGCUAUCGACAAAAUAAGCAAGGAGGGUAUUUUGCUCGACGGUCGCAAUCUCAGGGUGCAGUGGGCUGGAAGCAAGGUGCGUGUUAACAAGCAUCAUGAGCAGGGAGAAGAGUCCAAGAUCAAGCGAGAAAAGCCCACGGGGACCAAGGUAGCGCGUCCCGUAGGAGUGGGCGACCCCUUGGCCAUUCGCACCGUCGUGGUUUCGGGGCUACCUUCAGGGAUCGACUCUAAGGUGCUGUGGAAGAAGGUUCGCAAGCUUCCAGGCGCAGAAAAGGUCGAAUGGCCGACCAAGUCCGCAACGGAGGCGGAGGAUCACAGCAUUGCUCAUGCUGUCUUCAAAACACCCGCGACUGCGUCCGACGCUGUGAACAAGCUGCACGCCCACGUCUUCAAAGGCUCCCUCCUCUCAGCGACCCUCAAAAGACGCAUGGACGGUCUCGCCAAGGCUGCCGCGGCAAACUUGAAGAAGCCCAGAAAGUCGGCUGACAACUCCACGAAACCGAGCGUGGGCCCGGCGCCCAAUCGCGCGAGUCGCCUCAUCGUCCGCAACCUGCCGUUCGACAUUACAGAGCAAGACCUGCGCGCAAUCUUCCUACCGUAUGGGCCUAUCCACUCCGUGCACAUCCCGCUCGCGAAAGUGGACCCGAAGGAGAAAGACGAGGAGGAGGUAGACGGCUCGUCAAAGCCACGGACGAAAGGGUUCGCGUUUGUGUGGUUUCUCAGUCGGAAGGACGCGGAAAAAGCUAUGGAAGGCGCGAAUGGACUGGAGGUGGAGGCGGGCAUGGCGCAGACGCUGUUCUCGGACAAGCAGAAGAAGAAGAAACAGAGGAGAGAGGAAAAGAAGCUGAAGGCCAAGGUCCAGGCUGAAGGGGAAGGCGAAGAGGGAGGCGAAGAAGACGAAGACGACGACGACGACGACGAGGAAGACGAUCGUGGUAAGAGGACGAUUGCAGUGGACUGGGCUUUGAGCAAGGAUAAGUGGGAGGCAGAGAAGGCGAAGCUGGAGGCUGAUGCAGAGGAUGGAGACUCGAGUUCGAGUUCGAGUGGAGAAGAGGGAGAGGAAGAUGACGGAAGCGACGAAGGCGAAGACGAGCAACUGGGCGUACACGAGGGACACUCCGAUGAAGACAGCAGUGAUGAGGAGAGUGGGUUUGACGAAGAAGACGACGACCAGACGCCGAUGAAACCAACUCUCCCCGCGCCAGAGGUAGGCACGACCGUCUUCGUUCGUAACGUACCAUAUGAAGCCACGGAGGACGAGCUUCGCACAUUAUUCCGGGCAUUCGGUCCUCUGCGUUACGCUCGCAUCACCAUGGACCAUGCAACAGGACGGUCACGAGGGACUGCGUUCGCGUGUUUCUGGAACAAGGAAGAUGCGGAUAAAGCGAUUGAGCAAAGCAACAUCUUGUUCGCGGAAACCGUUGGAGCAGAGUCGCUUGCAGUCAAGAAGAAUCCCUUCAAGCUCCCUUCGCUUCUAACUCCCGACCCUUCCGCUUCCAUGGCGCAAAACCUCGUGCUUCAUGGGCGCACACUGGGCGUUAGUUGUGCCGUCACUCGUGACGAAGCGAGCAAACUCAAGGAGGCCGGUGAGCGACAACGCGAGAAAGCCGACAAGCGCAACCUAUAUCUUCUCCGUGAAGGGAUCAUCCUUCCCAACACUCCCGCUGCCGAGAACAUGCCUGCUGCGGAGGUCGAGAAGCGCACGACUUCCUUCAAUUCCCGCCGUGCCCUCCUCCGCUCGAACCCUUCCCUCUUCGUCUCGCGCACACGUCUCUCCGUCCGCCAGCUUCCGCUCUUCGUAUCCGAGCGCAUGCUCAAGCGCCUCGCCAUCCACGCGAUCCGCGCCUUCGAGAAGGAGGCCAAAUCCGGCACGCGCGAGCCCCUCACCGCCGACGAGCUCGCCGAGCCCGUGCCCGAAGAUAAAGACGCCGACGGUGACGUCAAGAUGGAGGCCGCCGACUCCGACGCCAAAGCCGCGGCGGACAAGAAAGGCAAGAAGGGCGGCAAGCACCCACAGGGCAAGCCCGGGCGCAACACCGGCGUCCGCCAGGCGAAGAUCGUGCGCCAGGGUGAUCGUGUCGACGCCGUGACGGGCAAGGGCCGCUCGAAGGGGUACGGCUUCCUGGAGCCGCACACGCAUGCAGACGCGCUCCGCGUCCUCCGCUGGGCGAACAACAACCCGGCGGUGCACCCGUUGUUCGAGGGUUGGUGGCGCGCGGAGUUCGAGGAGCUCAUUGCGGCGGAGAAGAAGAAGGGCGCGGGCAAGGACGGCAAAGUGGACGAGGCGCGGGUGAAACGCAUCCGCGAGGAGCUCGAGCGCGGGGCGCCGCCUAAGGGCAGGGGCACGCUCAUCGUCGAGUUCUCGAUCGAGAACGUGCAAGUCGUGCAGCGACGCGCUGCAAAGACAGGCAAGGAGAAGGAGAAGGAGGAGAGAACAGAUAAACGGAAAGGGAAAAGCCGAGAGUUCGCAAAGGAGAAAUUAAGGGAAGGGAAGGGCAGUGAGCGAGUACAAGAGGAGUCUGGAUCGAGCGAAAAGAAACCUCGUGUUCGUCAAUCAGUGCCCUCCAGCAAGCAUGAAAUCUCAGGCGAAGACAAGGACCGUCCCAAGAAGAAGCGUCGCAUCUCCGACCUGUCUAAGCCUGCUCAUUCAGAGACGGAAAAGACGAAAGGCGCGGACAGUAAGGAUGUCAAAGGGUCUCCCACCAGAGUCAAGCAAACCAACACUCUAGGAUCUGUCAUUGGGCGAAAGCGGAAAGAGCGUCACAUGAAGCGUGCAGGGAAAAAGUAG